CGCCAUAUCCGCUUUUAUUCCGUAGAAUAUAAAACUUCGGCACCCCCUAGUCCCAGCCCUCAAUCUCGAAUUGCCGCAUCAAGCCGCGAGUGUCAGUCGUGACAUGAACAAACACAAGCUUGCGUCUUUCAUCUAUAAGAUCCGAACGCAUCCAAACGCCCAACUCGAUAUCACAAACCGAGGACUACCAGCUGCGCAAUCACGUAUCCUUCGAGAGGUGCGAGGAACUUCGCUAGGCAAGCGGCAUCUUCCAGCACGUCGAUUUCAUCAUCAGGCUCUUCUUCAACGCAAGGCGUACCAAACGCAUACCGCCGGGCUGAUAUCGUUGCCCAAUAUGACCCGCAGCGCAUCCACUACAGUACAGAGUGUCGACGCGCCCUUGACCGCGUCGGCCACCUUUCUGGUCCUCUCCAUCACUGAUGGCCCUAGUGCAAUCAAAAAAGUUCGCUCGACGCUAGCAAAGAUCAGCGAUAUCUCCAAGAAUGUUGCUAUUCGCGACCUUGGGGCCUCCUUCGCGUGCACCGUCGGUAUUGGCAGUGAUGUUUGGGAUAGCGUCACGGGUCUACCACGCCCAGCAGAGCUUCAUCCGUUUCGCGAGGUCAAGGGCAAUGUUCAUACCGCUGUGUCAACUCUGGGGGACUUACUCUUCCACAUCCGCGCGGAGCGACGCGACCUGUGCUUUGAGUUUGAGCGGCAGUUGAUGGAUCUCCUGGGCGAUUCUGUUUCCGUAGUCGACGAAACGAUAGGCUUUCGGUACUUCGACCUUCGAGACCUCCUCGGGUUUGUAGAUGGAACCGCCAAUCCAGUCGGGCCUGCUGUGCCUCCAUCGGUCCUCGUCGCGGAGGAGGAUGCGCCAGCCAUCGGUGGCAGUUACAUUGUCAUCCAGAAGUACUUACAUGACCUCAAAGCAUGGCGCACUCUCUCCACGGAGAAGCAAGAGGCCAUUAUCGGCCGCACCAAGCUGGACAAUGUGGAGUUAGACGACGUCGCUGAGGGCCAGCAGGCAGCGCACAAGACGCUUGCGACAAUCGAAGAUGAAAACGGUGACGAGUAUAGCAUCCUACGUGACAACAUGCCAUUUGGGGCCCCCGGGGCGGGUGAGUUUGGAACGUACUUCAUUGGAUACUCACGCCGCCUCUGGGUUAUCGAGAAAAUGUUGGAACGCAUGUUCAUCGGGGAGCCGCCGGGACUGCACGAUCGUAUUCUCGACUUCUCUACAGCUGUAACAGGGACAGUCUUCUUCGCUCCGUCUGCGAGCCUACUUACGAGUCUUGAUGAUGAGUAACGGCACCUUUACCCGUAUGCUAGGAAAAAUGGGAUAAGCUUUAGGGGUAGAUCGAGGACAAUGUCGGAGCAGUAAUUCGCCUAACAAUCCCGCCUUUUAUGCUUUGGAUUGGAAGACGACAAAGUCUUGAAUUGGAUUGGAUUUGGUUGCAAGGGCAAAAUUAAUGAACGUAAUCCGUCGUCUGGACGGAUUAUUGACCACUCUGUGUAGGAGGGCUGAAAGCGGAUUCUGGCUCUACGCUAUUUCAAUCAUGUAUCAAAUCCUGCAUUCUCACUCGCUA